CUCUCUCAUUAGGUACUUACCCGCAUCCCGAUGCUGUCCUCUUGCCGGUGAUCGCGGUGGAAGUACGUAGAAGAUGUGUGUCGUGUCUGUAUCAACAUCUACCCUAGAUCUGAAACGAAAAAAUCGAAUCUAUGAAGUCCUGCCACCAUAAUUUUCGAUUUUGACAAUGUGGACGGACGGUCAUCUGUGUAAAUGAUUUGGACAGCGAGGAGCGAUGCGAUGUUUACGAAGCGAGAUGAAGUAGCAGGUCCAGCUGUAGGUGGAGGUCAAACUGACAUUUCUAAGGGCAUCACAUCAUCGUCCAAGGAGAUCGAAAUUUCGUUCAUCUUGCACUAAGUAAUAUGUUUCUUUUUAGGCCCGUGUCUUCGAUGUGGUCCUGGUCCUCGUUGAAAGGCGUACUAAACCAUGACGGCAACGGUGCAGAGCCUGCACACCGAAUUCCCGGGGUGGGAAACGGAGGACUUAGAGGAGGUGUUGCAGUGCUUCGACCACGACGCGCAGCAGUCCCGUGCGGCUUUGCUCGCCUGGAGUCGCGAGGACGAGGAGAACUUUUUUGACGACGAGCAACAAGAAAAUGACGUGCACGCCAAGGCGGGUCGUGCUGCUGCUGGGCCGCGGCUCUCGGGUGCAGACCCAUCCUCGACAAGCCGAAGUUCCUGGUUCUCUUCCCUCACCGGAGGCACUUCUAGCCGCUCAAAUGACCGGCUACAGCAAGACUCGUCCUUCGAUCCUGCGGGCGGCGGCCGGGCGGAUCGCAGACCCGAAGGAAGUGUUCGGCAGGAUCCGCAGGUUGAUCGCAGUACCACCCGAGGAUUCACAUUAACGCGCAAUCGCGAGUCGUGCUCCCGUGUCUGCCCCAAGCGCGGAGGACCGGCCCGCGCUCUCCAGACAGGUUCGUGUUGCUGAUAUCUUCUAGUGUUUUGAAAAAUUCCCCGCUCAGAGCAGUUGCAGCAGUCACUAGCGAUUUAAUAAUUUUUAUUUUUGAAAUGAUGUAAGUCUAAGUAUCUAGGAGAGUUCCACAGCCUGUUUCGUGCGUCGUAGACGAAUUACAUGUCUCUAUCACGUAGGCCAAGGGACGACCUCCAGCGACAGGGCUCCGACCGCCAAUACGUAUGUGGUUCCGGUGCCCGCAACCGCUCCUGCUGCCGAGCCACAUCGAGAGGGCUUUGUGGAACCGAAAGCGCAAAAACCCACGGGUACCGCAGCCGCUCGCUCACCGCAAAAGGACAGUACCGGUAUGAACAAGCAGCAAUCGAGCUCCCCGAGCGCGUACAAGGAAGUGCAAGUUUUGCAACUGCUCGGAACCGCCAGCGCAAAAUCGGCAGAAGAGGUACGUAAAGCGCCGCUGGAGAACCUGAUGCGCCGAAGCGACUACGACCGCGUGAUGCUCGCCCGUUUGCGGCGCAAGGCACCGACAAUGGGAGACUUAGCCCAGUUUCUCCUUCUCCGCCCGAAGCUUCUGCACUGGGCCCAGCGCGCAAAAAACGCGGUGAAAUCGAAAACCGGAGAGUCGUCCUCGCCGUCGCCCAAAAACAGUCAGGGCACACCUACUGCUCACAGUCCCAGUGGGUCUUCCUCGUCGCCCUCCAAGCCAGCCGCCUCCGUCGGUGGCCGGCAGAUAUUGCAGGAGCGGUUGGCUUUUCUUCAUUUGCGGCAGAUUUUGGCGGAGGAUGACGGCAAUUGCCAAUUUCGCUCCCUGAGCCGCGAACUGUAUGGAACUCAGCGCUACCACGCCGUCGUACGGGAAAUCAUUUGUAAAUACAUGCAGCAGCACGCGGACGACUUUGCACCCUUUGUUGGCGAGAAAGACACCGAGUAUCGGGAAUACCUGGCGGAGAUGCGCAAGGAUCGGACCUGGGGAGACGAGCUCACCCUGCGUGCCUGCGCAGACGCGUACGCCGUUGGCAUCACCGUCGUGACCACGGACGCCGAAAACUUUUUGCUGCAUUACAAUGUCAAAAGCGACGGAGAACAGACUUCAUCCAGUGGUUCUGGCGCAGCUAAAGAUAGGGAACGGAAUAAAGGUAGGAAAAGACAACGACAAUUGUUUCUGUGCUACAUCAGCCCCAUCCACUACAACACGGUCGGGCCUCUAAAGUAA